AUGGCUGUUGGCGUUGAGACAACCCGUGAUUCCGAAUGCAUCCCAAGCUGGAGCUUGGAGGGGAAGGUCGCCCUUGUCACUGGCUCUGGCCGUGGUAUUGGGCGUGAGAUGGCCAUAGAGCUCGCGCGUCGUGGAGCAAAGGUUGUCGUCAACUAUGCUAACAGCGCCGAAUCGGCUGAAAAGGUUGUUAAUGAGAUCAGAGACCUGGGGUCCGAUGCCUUGGCCGUCAGGGCUAACGUCGCCAACGUAUCUGAGACCAUCGCCAUGAUGGACCAAGCCGUCGCCCACUUCGGCAAGCUCAACAUUGUCUGCUCCAACUCUGGGGUUGUCUCCUUCGGCCACCUGAAGGAUGUCACCGAGGAGGAGUAUGAUCGUGUCAUGGCCACCAAUACCCGUGGCCAAUUCUUCGUCGCUCGUGAAGCCUACAAGCACCUUGAGGUCGGCGGCCGCAUUAUCAUGAUGGGAUCUAUCACCGGCCAGGCCAAGGGGGUUCCUAGGCAUGCGCUUUACUCCGGCUCUAAGGGCACCAUCGAGACUUUUGUUCGCUGCAUGGCCAUCGACUGUGGUGACAAGAAAAUCACUGUCAACUGCGUUGCCCCAGGGGGCAUCAAGUCUGACAUGUACCACGCUGUCUGCCGCGAGUAUAUUCCCGGAGGCGACAAGCUCAACAACGACGAAGUUGACGAGUAUGCUGCUACCUGGUCCCCAGUAAACCGUGUUGGCCAGCCCUACGACGUUGCUCGAGUCGUCGCGUUUUUGGCGUCUGAGGACGGUGCCUGGAUCAACGGCAAGGUCCUCGGCAUUGACGGUGGUGCCUGCAUGUGA